UCUGUCGAAAUAUACAUCGGGUAGCAGCUGACUCGCUUCAACCAGAAGUUGACUUUUUCAUUCUGGAGCCCAUUGUUUUUUUUCAACAGAAACACUGAGUUAUUUUAUUGGAGCUAUUGUUGACGGCUGUUAUUUGUUUAUCAUCGAGUGAUCAUGGCCGCCGGUGUCAUUGGGGCAUGCAGAGUCACGGGGCCGGUGAUUGGAAAAACAAAUCUGCCGAUCUUGACGGCCACUCGAUUUGUGAGUAGAACGUCAUCAUGUCAGGAGAGCGAGGGCUGGCUGAGCAAACUCGGUGUCCGCAGGAUGGAACCCACCAAGGAGUCACACUCUCGUAUGCUCUCCGACAAAGAGGUCAUUUAUGCGCUGCACACGCAUAACAUCCGACCCGACUCAUACGACAAAUAUAUCAAGAAUUACAAAGAAAACGUCGACCUGAUUCACUCGAAGAAAGGCGAGUUGAAUCACGAACUGGUGGCUUCCUGGACGGUCGAGGUCGGCGAUCUUGAUCAGGCGAUACAUCUUUGGCAGUACACUGGGGGGUACUCGAAAAUUGAUCAUGCACAGUUGCAUUUAUCGCAGGACGAGUCUUAUCAGCGAUUACUCAAGGAGCGUGGCAAUUAUCUUCGUUCUCGACAUCUCCAGUAUCUCCUGGCAUUUAGCUUCUGGCCGCAAAUCGUUAACCGAGCAGGACCAAAUAUUUACGAAAUACGUAGCUACCGACUCAGACCUGGCACAAUGAUCGAGUGGGGAAAUAACUGGGCUAGAGCCAUUAAUCACAGGAGAAAUAAUGACGAGCCUUUUGCUGGGUAUUUUUCCCAGAUCGGGAGAUUGUAUAAUGUUCAUCACAUCUGGUGCUACAAGGAUCUCCAAUCAAGAAAAGAGACACGCGAGAGCGCCUGGCGUUCCCCAGGUUGGGACGAGUGUGUCGCCUACACAGUUCCUCUUAUCCGAGAGAUGCACUGUCGCAUUCUCCGCCCCACGUCCUUCUCCCCCACCCAAUAAACUCAAAAUAAAGAAAGACGAUUGAAGAAAGAAACACAAAGAAAACGUCAAUUUAAUUUGUAAAGUGCCAUCAGGCAUCAUUUUUUUUCUCGAAGUCUACCUUCUCUUUUGUUGAAAACCUUUGGAAAUUGAUUUACGUUUAUUUUAUAUAUGUAUAAAUGGAUAGAAAUUGAUUAAUCUUGUAUCAUCGUUGUUGAUAAUAAAAGAUAUGUACGGGAAGACUUGUAUAAAAUAUGUAAUAAAUAUUGUUACUCAUUCA